AUGUCAGAUUUAAAAGAUAAUAAUGACAAAACAUCUCUAGAAAUCAAUAAAGAAGUUGAAAAUCAUGAGACAAUAGAAGAAGAAAACAAUAAAAAUGAUGGAAAUAAAUGGAUUGGUAAUAGUAGUUUGUGGGGGCUUUCAAUGGUAAAUAAAGCUUUGAACAACACAAUGAAAAAGACUAUGGAGACAUUUGAAUCAGUCAAGUCAGAUUUUAAUGAGCUUUCGGAGGAAUUUACUAAGCAAAUGAGUUCUACAACUGAGGCAUUAUCUAAACAGGUUGAAAAUAUAGCUAAUAUUAUUGAUAAUCAGCUUGGUAUUGAUGAAAAAAAAGAAGAAGAAGAAGAGGGUGUUGAGGAUGAAGAAAAAGAAGAGGAAGAAAAAAAAUCUGAAGAACCUUUUUCACUAGUACCACAAAUAAGUUUUGGAUGGGUGUCUAAAAUUACAGAUACAGUUAAAAAAACAUUAAUUAUUGAAGAUACAACAGAGGAGGAGGAAGAUUUUGAAAAGGAAGUUGUUGUUGAUGAUAAUGAUAAAUUUAAACUUGAUAAAGUUCAUUUUUCACCUUCACUUGAAGAUGGUAAAAUUUUUCUUCAAGAAAAGAAAGCAGAUGAAAUUAUUGCUAUUUUAGAUCAAAAUCCUGUAAUUACGGAUAAAUAUUCAAGACUUGUUCCAAGUAUUAUGGAUGAACUUGGUUUUUGGAUGAGAUAUUAUUAUCAAAUAGAAAAAAUUAAAUCAAAUGAAAAAAUCUUAAAUAAAAAAGACAGUUCAGAGGAAGAUUCUGAGGUAGUUAUUUUACCUUCAAGUGAAACUGCCAAAGUAAAAGAAUUAGUUGCUAAUGAAGGGGAUGAGGCAUGGAGUAUGUGUAGCUCAACAAAUAAUGAAUAA